GGCGCAGCCGCUCGGCAGUCUUCGGCUCGGCUCGGCUCGGCUCGGCUCGGAGGAUCAGGAGUGUUCGUGUCUGCUCGGAGGAUCAGAACCAGAACCGGAACCGGACAGAACCGGACCGCAUGGUGGAGCACCGAUUCAUCUCUCUACCGUUUUCUGAGGACCGGCUGUAUGAUCAAGCUACAAUCUUCAAUGAGUAAACACAUCCCGCAGUUCUGUGGUGUUCUGGGUCACACAUUUAUGGAGUUUCUGAAGGGCAGUGGGGACUACUGCCAGGCUCAGCACGCUGCCUAUGCAGACGAGUGAACGGACAAACUCGCCAUCGAUCCGACGCACUCGAGCCACAGGAGGGACCCCGGAACGUUGGCAGGACCGGGACGCCUCCCAGAACCAGCGACAAGUCGGCCCGGAUGGGGUAACUCCACCCGCUGCACACUGCCCUCGUCGGCUUCCGCCUGGCCAGAACCAAGGUGGACCCAGCCUGGUUCUCUCCUCCUUUUCUUUUCUUUGAUUCCAGAGGAGAGGCUUUUCACUUCUUUUCUGAUUGUCCCUUUUUUCGGCCACCGACUCCCUAAAUUUCCGCGUUUGCCCGUCGCAGCCUUCGUUCUCUUUUCUUUCUUUGGCCGACCUCGAAGAAGAGCGGAGGAUUUGUGUCUCUGUGUUUCUAGAAGCUGGUUUCGGUUUGACAUUCCCUCCGACUUUAACUAAGUGUUUACAUUCGUGUUUUUACUCCGUGGAAGACUUUUUGUUUUUUAACGUCGUCACGAUGGCUCGUAUGAACAGACCGGCCCCGGUGGAGAUCACCUACAAGAACAUGAGGUUCCUCAUUACCCACAAUCCCACCAACGCCACGCUGAACAAGUUCAUCGAGGAGCUGAAGAAAUACGGAGUCACCACCGUGGUGAGAGUUUGUGAGGCCACCUACGACUCCACUCUGGUGGUGAAAGAGGGAAUACAAGUUCUGGAUUGGCCGUUUGACGACGGCGCUCCUCCCUCCAACCAGAUCGUGGACGAUUGGCUGAACCUGCUGAAGUUGAAGUUCAGGGAGGAGCCCGGCUGCUGCGUGGCGGUCCACUGUGUGGCGGGCCUGGGGAGAGCUCCGGUUCUGGUCGCGCUGGCCUUGAUUGAAUGUGGGAUGAAAUAUGAAGAUGCGGUCCAGUUCAUCAGACAGAAGCGUCGAGGAGCGUUCAACAGCAAGCAGCUGUUCUACCUGGAGAAAUAUCGUCCAAAGAUGCGCCUGCGCUUCAAAGAUUCCAACGGCCAUCGCAAUAACUGCUGCAUCCAGUAGAGCCUGACCUUGAGCCCGACCUUGAGCCACGGCCGUUCACUUCAACCUGGCUAGCUUCUCUUACCUGGCAGGCUUCUUUUCUUCGUCAUUGUGUUCCAGUAUUUUACGUUAAUGAAACCAUGCUGCGGUUAUUCAAACUGCCCCCCCCCCUCCUCCGGGUUCACCAUCAAGUGUCAAAAAAGCAAAGUGUAACCAGAACCUGCGUGUUUUCUCUUCAUGUGGCCGAUAUAACCCCCGUUCGGAGGGGCAGCAGCGCUGAGUCGUGUAUCAAUGUAACAUGUUGGAUUCGUUGUGUUUCUGCAGCCCAGAGAGAGAUCUGAUUGGCCGCUGAGUUUUACGUCACCCGAGAUAAAAACAAAAAUCAGUAAAUGAAAUUCCCCGUUAAAUAUCCGUGUUCUUGAGGGACUAGAAAGAGAGAGAGGUAUGCCUUCCUUCAGAUCAGAUGGUUCAUCCAUUAAUGCCUUACAAUCAGAGAGGAACGAAGGCAAUGGAGGCGGGACCCCCCCCCCCCACAGGUUGAUCAACAACAACAACUCAAAGCAACGGUUGCCUUUGUCUUGUGCAGGAAGUCCGACACUCACUUCACUCUUUUUUAAUAUAAAAUGCUUAUUAACUGUUGCAAUAUUUGUCCAUUGAAAGUCUAGGAGCGUUUUUCUUUCCUCUAUGGAGCCUUCUGUUUACGGAUUAUUAACUGAUUAUUACUGAUUAUUACUGAUUAUUACUGAUUAUUAACUGAUUAUUACUGAUUAUUAACUGCCAUGUCCAAAAUGUGAUUAUUAUUAUUAGUUUUUAUUUUUAUUUUUUGCUUCAAACUGGACUUCCAACGUCUGCGAUAUUUUGUACGCCUUUUUAUUUGAUGUCCGUAACUUAAAGACUUGGAUACUUGAGGAUUUUAUGUAUUUGAAAAUGUGUAUUAUUAUUAUUAUUAUUAUUAUUAGGUUGGCUAUUUAUACUAUCAAUGGAUGUGUGAUUUAGUACCGUGAGCGACAAAGUUGUACCUGUUCACCAACUUGUGAGAGAACAUUAAAUGAUACACUGAAAAAAAAAA